GUACUUUGUGCUGGACUUUGAGACGGGGAUUCUGCAGUAUUUCGUGAAUGAACAAAGUAAAAACCAGAAGCCACGUGGAACCUUGUCUUUAGCUGGAGCUAUAAUAUCACCCAGUGACGAAGUGCCACACAUGUUGGUGGUCUACUCUGCUAAUGGAGAGAUGUAUAAGUUGAGAGCUGCUGAUGCAAAGGAGAAACAGUACUGGAUAACUCAGCUUCGAUCCUGUGCCAAACAUCACAAGGAAGGUAAUUCUAAGGGCAUUUCAUCCUCACGAAGUAGAAGCUCAUCUCUUCUGCCGCCUGGGACAGUUAAUUCUGCAUCUCCUAGUGGCCAGAAACAUAUGAAUCAAAGUGGGCCAACUGUUGUAACCAUUACACAUCACAAAUCACCUGCAGCUGCUCGAAGAGCGAAGACCCAGCGUUCUGGUCAACUCCAUGAAGUCAGAGAGUUUGUGGUGGUGUUGAUGAAAUACAGGUCAAGAUUGCAAGAGGAGUCCUUGCUCAAGAUCAUGAGCCAAGUUGAGGGACAACAGAAGAAUCUUGUACAAGCCAUUGAAGCUCUCCCAAGUUCUGGGCCACUUUCUGCCUUGGAUCAGGACUUGCUGCUUUUAAAAGCUACCUCUGCUGCCACCCUGAGCUGCCUUGGAGAAUGUUUGACUCUGUUACAGCAAAGCAUGCAUCAAGUGGGCCAGCAUCAUAACAGGACACUGUCAUCAGAAGGUAUCCUGGGAUGGCCUGGGCCCAAGUCGCACUCCACAGAGCAACUGAAAAAUGGUGCCCUCAGCUCCUUAUCAUCUGCUAGUGCCAACAUUACAUGGGCAAUAGUACCAUCUGCAGCCCAGGAUGGACAGGCAUUACAACCAAAUACAGAGCAUUCAGCUUCUGAGUUGAUCCUAGUUGAAGAUGAAAUGACAGAUACUGAAGAUAAUGAAGAGGAGGAUUUAGGAGUCAUGGAUGAUCAACGUAGUGUAAUUCUCCAUCUCAUCUCUCAGCUUAAACUUGGCAUGGACCUAACCAGGGUAGUGCUUCCAACAUUUAUUUUGGAGAAAAGAUCCCUGCUGGAGAUGUAUGCAAAUUUCAUGGCCCAUCCAGACCUGUUUUUGUCAAUUGCAGCUGGAGCCACUCCCGAGGAAAGAAUUAUCUGCUUUGUGGAGUAUUAUCUAACAGCUUUUCACGAAGGCCGAAAGGGAGCGGUUGCCAAGAAGCCCUAUAACCCUAUAAUUGGUGAAACGUUUCAUUGCUCGUGGGAUGUGCCUAAAGAUAAAGUGAAAGCAUUCAGAACUAACGGUGCCUCCACGGUUCCUAAGGACCCAACCAAGGAGUUUGGCCAGGACCAGUCCACGUGCUACAAGCUGAGGUUUGUAGCUGAACAAGUAUCCCAUCAUCCACCGGUAUCUUGCUUUUACUGUGAGUGCAAAGAGAAGAAAAUGUGUGUGAACGCUCACGUAUGGACCAAAAGCAAGUUUAUGGGCAUGUCAAUAGGUGUUUCUAUGGUAGGUGAAGGUGUUCUUUACUUGAUGGAACAUGAAGAAGAGUAUGUUUUCACCCUGCCCAGUGCCUAUGCUCGCUCGAUACUUACCAUCCCAUGGGUGGAGCUUGGAGGGAAAGUCAACAUCAGUUGUGCCAGAACAGGCUAUUCUGCUACGGUCACAUUCCAUACCAAGCCAUUCUACGGAGGAAAGGUCCACAGGGUUACAGCUGAAGUGAAACACAAUCCCACUAACACCAUUGUAUGCAAGGCACAGGGAGAAUGGAACGGUACUCUGGAAUUUACUUACAGCAAUGGAGAAACCAAAGUGAUUGACACUAACAAACUGCCUGUUAUCAGGAAAAAGAUUAGGCCGAUAGCAAAGCAAGGCCCACUGGAAUCAAGGCACCUUUGGCAACAUGUCACCAAUUCUCUGAAAGAAGGUAAUAUUGAUGCAGCAACAGAACACAAGCACCGCCUUGAAGAGAGACAGCGAGCAGAAGAGAGGCAACGUGUGGCUCUUACAAUGCCGUGGAAACCAAAAUAUUUUGCCAAAGAGGGUGAUGGUUGGCUAUACUUGAAUCCUCUCUGGAAGACUCACUGACGGGACAGAGCAGUUGCCUCAUAACUUUACCUUAAAGGCAUUAAAAUGAUACAGUAUAUAACUU